UUUGCUGUCAUCAGUAUCUCUGCAGUUCCUAAUGCUUAUUUUUCGUUUAAUUACACCCAGAGAAAAAUAACGCCGUUCUUUUGUUGUUAAAUGUUUCUUCUAUUUGCUAAUACAUCAAAUUUCGUGUGUUCGAAAAGUUUAAAAAUAAAAUAACAUAUUAUUUGCAAUUGAAUAAUAUUAAUAACGCGCACUAGUCUUGGCAGAGCAGCUACUGGUAAACAUUACAAAUGAACCAGCAUUGUGCGUGAUGUAACGCACAAUAAUUUGAGAAACCGAUAUAUGAAUGGAUCGUGCAAAGGAGACCCGCAUCAAAUAUGCUGCCUUGGCGGGCGGGAUGACUGGCUGUAUCACGCGUUGUAUCUGUCAGCCCUUGGAUGUUCUCAAAAUUCGUCUGCAGCUUCAGGUGGAACCGAUUAGUACUCACUCGCAAAUUUCUAAAUAUCGGUCGAUCGUUCAAACUGUAUCUUGCAUAUACAAGGAGGAAGGCUUAUUGGCCUUUUGGAAGGGACAUAAUCCAGCACAGGUACUUUCCCUUGUCUACGGUGUGGCACAAUUUUCAUUCUAUGCGAGAUUGAACGUUGUUCUACGUGACAUCACCUUGCUCGAAAGCCACGAUCGAGCAAGAAAUUUUAUUUGUGGCGCCUGUAGUGGAUCUUUCGCCGCUUUUCUUAUAAUGCCACUGGAUGUGAUACGAACCAGGCUAGUAUCUCAAGACCCUGGGAAGGGCUAUAGAAACACGUUUCAAGCAGUUAAAAUGAUAUACCAAAUAGAAGGUGUCCGUGGAUUGUAUCGUGGUUUAGGGCCAGCAAUGCUACAAAUAGCUCCUCUCACGGGAGGACAGUUCAUGUUCUACAACUUGUUCGGCACUUUCGUCAAACGUUUAGAGCAUCUUCCCGAAAAUGCUGUUUUACCACCAACAGAACUGUUCGUGUGCGGAGGAUUAGCAGGAUUGUGCACAAAACUUCUAGUUUAUCCUUUGGACUUAGUUAAAAAGCGCCUUCAGAUACAAGGCUUUGCCAGAAAUCGACAGACCUUUGGACAACAUUUUAUUGCGAAUCAUAUGCUGCAAUGCCUUUAUGAAGUAGCCCAGUACGAAGGCCUCCGAGGUUUUUAUAAAGGUCUAAGUCCGUCUCUUUUGAAAGCCGGGUUUACAUCUGCAUUUUAUUUUGCCAUCUAUGAUCAGUUGCUGUCGGUGUUCAACAAGGGUUUCAGUAAGACAGCAUAGUAAAACAGGAAUAUUUGGGCCUUUCUACCUACAAGCUACCUAGCCUUAAUAAUUAUUUUAAUCUAAAAAUAAAGAGAGUUUGUAUUUACAUCUAAA